AUGCCUUCCAGGAUAACCAUGUUUGCAAAUUUCUCCAGCACCAAAAACACAACAGUCGACGGUAGAGUAGAAUACCCCGACAAACGCUGUCCAACCAAAGGGCCACUCAUCAAAGACGCAGUCUCAUCAAAAUGUCUGAACCCAUUGGAUGAACCAUCACGUUCCUCGCAACAGGAACUCAUGUUUGAGGAAUAUAACCCAAAAAAUAACUUUGAUAUUUUCAACAUGGAUGCACCAACAGGUUCUCCGCUCAAGCCUUGUACUACAGAUUUCAAGAAAACUUCCUGUAAAGAGCAAAAAGUGGACUUUCCAGCAAAAUUCAAUGAGAUAAAACAGGACAGUUUGAAAUCUCCUAUUGCUAAACUGAAUGAAAUUAUGUUGUUGAAAAAACAAGUAGUCGAAUACGGUUUGGUUUCCAUAGCAGGUCAUGUACAUAAUCCAGUUUUUAGAUUUGUUGCCACAAAUGAUGGGAUAUAUGCUUAUGGAGAAGGUUUGUCAAAAAAAGAAGCAAAGAAAAAUGCUGCUAUAGCUUUAUUGGAUAAAUUAGAUAAUAAUAAUGGAAACAACACUAUAACGUCUACCACUUCGAACAUUUCACCAAGCAAUGUUAGCCCUUUGAAGAUUAGCAAAGAGAAAGUUUUAGAUGAAAUAUCAAAAGUAAACCCUAUUGGUGUGCUGCAAGAGUUGUGCAUGGCUCGUCAUUGGGAAUUACCCGAUUACGAGUUUCCACAAGAUGAACGCAAUGAAACACAUAAUGUUUGGUAUUCUGUGGUAUGUUCCCUUAGGGACUUUCAAUCUGUAGGUGAAGGAAAAACCAAGCAAGCAGCUAAAAGACAAGCUGCUCAUAUUAUGUAUGACCAAAUAAAAAACGUUCCUCAACAGAACAUCUCUAAGACUAAGGAAUAUGUAUAUCCAACACCUGGUAAAUUGAUGCUAGAUAUUAUGGAAAGUAAGGAUUUAGAUUGCAUGAAUAAUCUGAAAUCCUUGGAAAUAUUCUUGAAGCAAUUAAAAUCAUCACAAAAUCCAAGUGUAAACAAACUGAGGAAUACCGAUUUCACGGCUAAAAUAAGAAAAAAUGCCGUUGAAUUUUUAAAUGCAAUUGGAGGAGAAGAACAUUUUGGUAUUACAUAUUUAUUGAUAAGUAACAAGUCAAAUGAUAUUGGAAUGGUAGUGCAAUUAGCUGUCACUCCUCUUUUGUUGUUUAUCGGUUCUGGCAGAACAAUGGAAGAUGCCAAAGAGAUGGCUGCCUAUGUUGCUCUAUCGUACAUAAAACUUUUAUUAGAGUAG